AUGGUGGCAGGUACGGCAACAGGCUCGGCAGCAGGUACGGCAGCAGGUACAGCAGCAGCUUCUAUGCCAGCCAGACCCCUCAGCGACUAUAUCUCCCCCCUCCACUCCUUCUCCCCUCAACCUACCACACCACGACUUCCCUUCCCUCUCACUGGCCACUCUUCAUCAGCAGGUACCAGAGGUGGCACUGCCGAAUCCACACGCGGUGCUACUGCCGCUCCUGCCGCCGCCGCCGCCACUGGUGGUGGUGAUGGUGGUGGUGACGCGGCUGAAACUGUUGCUGCUGGUGCUUCAGGUGAUAGUGCAGGAAGCGCAUGCAACGAUUUCUGUGGCUGUGCCCCUGUUGCUGCCGCGAUUCCCUUGCUCUCCGCUCCUCCUGCUGCUGCUGCGUCCUCUGCUGUGCCUUUCUCUUCCACUCCUGGUGCUAUUUUCCCCUCGCGUGCACCCAAUGCAGCAUCAGCACGAGACUCUCCUCCCUCUUCUCCCUCUUCUUCUCCUCUUGCCUCAUCCUCCUCCGCUCCCCCUGCUGCUGCUGCUGCUGCUAGUGGCAGUUCUGGAGCUUCUGUCGGCAGAGGCCCAUUCUCUGUCUGGUCCUUGAGAACUCCCAAAGGGAGGAGUGGAGUGGCUUUUGCGGUGCCUCAAAAAGGGGGUGUGGAGUGGGCUGGGCUGUGGGGUCACUCACGUCUAACAGCAGUGAGCAGUGGUGCAGUGGGGGGGGGGGUUGUGGGAGAAGGAGCUGUGGUGUGGGUGUUGGCAUGGGCGUGGGAGGCAGGAGUGUGUGGUGGUGGUGGUGGUGGUGGUGGUGGUGGUGGUGGUGGUGGUGGUGGUGGUGGUGGUGGUGGUGGUGGUGGUGGUGGUGGUGGUGGUGGUGGUGGUGGUGGUGGUGGUGGUGGUGGGUGCGAGAGUGGGUGUGGUGCAUGCAUGUUACCACAUGUGACAUGA